ACCAGAGAAGCUAAUCACUCUGUCCAAAUCCAAUUUUUGAAAAAACAUAUCAGCUUUCCUCUAUGACAUGUACAGUCACCUCUCUCUCUCUCUCUCUCUCUAAAAAUUUGCACAAAAUCAACUGCCUAGAUCUUCUCCACUCACCUCGAUAAUUCUCUUCAUUAUAUGAAUAUGUAAAUGCGCACACGCAGUCUCACUCACAUAUACAUGAUAUACAGAUAACACAGAUAUACUAUACAUAUUUAUAUAUAUAGUUUUUUUUUUGGGAACCGAAAUGCCGGCGAUUGCUGGCGUGGAGUUGUUGUUGAUUCUGGCUUUCGCCGCCGUGUCGGUGAACUGUGGUGGCUUUCCGGCGAGUGUUCUGAGUCUGGAGAGGGCUUUUCCAGCGAACCAGAGCGUGGAGCUCGACGUACUCAGAGCUCGAGACCGAGCUCGGCACGCACGAAUCUUGCAUGGAGUUGUCGGCGGCGUCGUGGAUUUCACCGUCGCUGGAACCUCCGAUCCCUACCUCGUUGGGCUUUAUUUUACAAAAGUGAAAUUGGGUUCUCCACCAAGAGAAUUCAAUGUGCAGAUUGAUACUGGAAGUGACAUUUUGUGGGUCACCUGCAAUUCCUGCAAUGACUGCCCCCAAUCAAGUGGACUAGGAAUUGAGCUCAAUUUCUUUGAUGCUGCCAGCUCAUCAUCUUCUUCUCUGAUUUCCUGUUCAGACCAUGUAUGUGCUUCUGUAAUUCAGACUCCAGCCGCUGAAUGCUCUCCUCAGAAUAACCAAUGUACUUACACGUUCCAAUAUGGAGAUGGAAGUGGGACAUCUGGUUAUUAUGUAUCUGAUUUACUAUAUUUUGACAUGAUACUAGGGCCCUCUUACAGUGCUAAUUCUUCAGCUUCAAUUAUUUUUGGGUGUAGCACUCAUCAGUCUGGGGACUUAACUAAAAUGGAUAGAGCAAUUGAUGGGAUUUUUGGGUUCGGGCGACAGGCUCUCUCUGUUAUAUCACAGCUGUCAUCGCAAGGAAUUACUCCUAAAGUGUUCUCCCAUUGCUUGAAAGGAGAUGGCAAUGGAGGGGGUAUGCUAGUUCUUGGUGAGAUUUUGGAUCCAAGCAUUGUCUAUAGUCCCCUUGUCCCAUCACAGUCUCAUUAUAAUUUGUAUCUGCAAAGCAUUGCCGUCAAUGGGCAGGCGUUGCCUAUUAAUUCAGCAGUAUUUGAAACAUCAAGCAACCGAGGGACCAUAGUUGAUUCUGGAACAACUUUAACAUACCUUGUGGGAGAAGCUUAUGAUCCAUUUGUCAGUGCUAUAACUGCCAGUGUUUCACAAUCCGUUACUCCUAUCCUUUCAAAAGGGUACCAGUGCUAUCUAGCCUCCACAAGUAUAAUUGAGACAUUUCCUCCUGUUUCUUUAAAUUUUGCCGGUGGUGCCUCCAUGGUUCUAAAGCCAGAAGACUACCUUGUGCAUUCGGGUUUUGUUGAUCGGGCUGCAUUGUGGUGUAUUGGCUUUCAAAAAGUUCAGGAUCAUGGGUUAACAAUUUUAGGAGAUCUUGUGCUUAAAGAUAAGAUAUUUGUUUAUGAUUUAGCUCGUCAACGGAUUGGAUGGGCUGACUACGAUUGUUCUUCGCCCGUAAAUGUCUCCAUAACUUUUGGUAAGGAGGAAUUUGUCAAUGCAGGACAGCUGAGAGUGAGCAGCUCACCAAGAAAUACUAUCUUCGAGCGGAUGCCUUUGGCCUCCAAUUCUCGUUAUGUGGAAACAAUAAUAUUCAUUUGGUUUCUACUUUUGAUAUUGUUGUAGCGCAAUCUUCAGCUUCUAAAUCUCAUUCUUUGCUUGAUGUUCAUUGGCUUGGCCGAUUUUUAUUUAUCGCAAUCGGCAGCAAAUGUUGGUAUUAUUCAGACUUCUCUGAGUCGCUGCUGCCUGUCUAUGUAUAUAGUUCUGACCUCAUUCUAGUUUCCACUGAUGGGGAUCCUGUGUCUUCUGCCAACUCGGGCUAGAUAUUCGGCUUUCUCCUCGUAAAGGGUCUUCCGUCUUGAGCUUUGCUAGCGUUGUAAAAUAUCUUCAUACUCCUUGGUUGAGUUGUAGAAUCAAGUUAUCGUCACCCGGGGGAGCAGGACAAGAUUUAUUCCUAGCUUGUUCCUUUGAGUUGGCAAGAACUGUAGAAAUAUGGUGCAAUUUUGUAAAGCUGUUCUCUAAUUAUUGUAAGACAUUCAUAUUUGCAAUUCUUUCUUCAUACUAGUUUUUGUGA